AUGUCCACCUUCGCACCACUAAAGAAUGAUUUGAUCUUGAGAGCUGCAAAGGGCGAAAAGGUUGAAAGGCCACCAGUAUGGAUCAUGCGACAAGCUGGUAGGUAUUUACCAGAGUACCAUGAAGUGAAAGGUGAUAAAGACUUUUUCCAAGCUUGUCAAGAUGCAGAAACCGCUUCUGCCAUAACGAUUCAGCCCGUUGACCACUUUGAUGGAUUAAUCGACGCUGCAAUUAUUUUCAGUGAUAUAUUGGUCAUUCCUCAAGCAAUGGGAUUUGAGAUAAAUAUGGUUGAAGGGAAGGGUCCUGUUUUCGCAGACCCCUUGAGACACCCAAAUGAUUUGUCAAGAAUUGAUCUCAAUCCAGACGUCAAACUCAAAUUGGAUUGGGCUUACAAAGCCAUCACUUUGACUAGGGUUAAAUUGAAUGGUAGAGUGCCCCUUUUAGGCUUUGUUGGGGCUCCUUGGACCUUGUUGGUGUAUAUGACGGAAGGACAAGGAUCAAAAAUGUUUAGGUUUGCGAAGCAGUGGAUUUAUGAGUUUCCUGAAGCAUCGCAUAGACUUUUGCAAGCAACUUGUGAUGCCUGUAUAGAGUUUUUGGCUCAACAAGUUGUUGCAGGAGCCCAGAUGUUGCAAAUUUUUGAGUCGUGGGCAGGCGAAUUGGGACCAGAUGAUUUUAAUACGUUUUCGUUGCCUUACUUGAGACAAAUUGCAGCCAAAUUACCUGCAAGAUUGAAAGAGUUGGGCAUUGAAGAGAAGAUACCGUUGACGGUUUUCGCGAAAGGGGCUUGGUACGCAUUGAAUGACUUGUGCGACUCUGGGUACGAUUGUGUGUCUCUUGACUGGCUAUUUGACCCCGAAGCUGCUCGCCGUAUUGUCGGAAACAGGAGGAUUACCUUGCAAGGUAACUUAGAUCCAGGUGUCAUGUAUGGAACUGACCAGUUGAUCGAAGAAAAGGUCAAGCAAAUGAUCAAAAGGUUUGGGGUCGAAAAUUAUAUAAUAAACUUCGGGCAUGGAACUCAUCCAUUCAUGAACCCAGAAAAAAUUGGCCAUUUUUUGAAACUGUGUCAUAAGUAUGGAUCGAUCUGA